UCGUAAAUAAGUUAAACAGUCGGUUUUUCCGUCGAAAGGAUUAUUUGGAUCUACGUGGGAAUAAUAAACCCUAGUUUCGAGUUUCGACAUUGGCGCUCUAAAAUCUUCUUUCUUCUCUCGCCCCUCGCUGAAACUCAUCUCACACCGAACAUGCCGUUCAAGAGAUACGUUGAGAUCGGAAGAGUCGCUCUCGUCAACUACGGCGAAGACUAUGGAAAGCUUGUCGUCAUUGUCGAUGUUAUCGACCAGAACAGAGCUUUGGUGGAUGCUCCUGAUAUGGUCAGAUCUCAAAUGAACUUCAAGAGACUUUCUCUCACUGACAUUAAAAUUGACAUUAAGAGAGUCCCUAGGAAGAAGGAACUCAUGGAAGCUAUGAAGGCUGCUGAUGUUCAGAAAAAGUGGGAGGAUAGCUCUUGGGGAAGAAAGUUACUCGUGAAACAAAGAAGGGCAUCACUUAAUGAUUUCGAUAGGUUCAAACUUAUGCUGGCUAAGAUAAAGAGAGCCGGAUUGGUGAGGCAAGAACUUGCUAAGCUGAAAAAGAGUGCAUCUUAGAAAGUGUGUUUCUUAAGCUUCAAAUUUUGUUAUGAGUUAAAGUUAUCAGUUUUGGAUUGUUCUCUCUUGUUUCUUUAGCCUUCAGGAGGCCGCGUUUGUUUUGAGGUCGAUGGAUUCUGGCAUACAGUGUUGUGAGUUUUUUCUUAACUUUUUUCACAAGAUAUCCACACUACUCCAAUUAAGCAUUAAUCUGAAUCUGUUGAUGUUUCUCUGCUUAAUUUUUUAAUUUGAUUUCUGUGCCA